AUGGUCUCCGCCAUAACAAGCCGCGUCGCCAACCUUCAAAACCAUGCAUCGGCCGGUGUGAGCCGCGUGGAAGAUGAUGAUGACGAUGACGACAAGCACGGGGUAAGGGUGGUCACUCUGGCCGGAAACAACACCGGAGCCACAAUGCGGAGCGACUCCGAUGAUGUCAAACCCGGUAAUGCUUACGAUGGGUUAGUGUCGGCCGGGGAGAAGGCUGCCGGGGCCGAAGAUGCUUUGAGCACGUACGUGAAUAGUAAUUUCCAGGCGGUGAAUAACUCCAUCAUGCUGGAGAGCUCCUACUCCACCAACGACCCUGGUGUCCACUUGGAGAUCUCUGAUGUUCCUGAGGUUACUAAGGGUGGGAAGAAGGGAGGAGGGAUGAAGGAGAAGCAUCAGGCCAAAACCAGUCACGAUCAAUCUGAUGAACAGUCUGAUUGA